UCGAUCGACGCGGCCAGUCGGCGCCGGGCCAUCGCGCGGGACGCACGUAUCGCGACCGCCUCCGACACACGAAUAACCUCACUGGCCACUCGCUGUCGACACCACCGACCAUCAACACCUCGCGUUGUACCAGCGAGCCAUCGGUCCCGCACCUUUUACAUUUUACUAAGUUGAGGCAGUAGCGCAGUAAGCAGACAAGAUGGCGGCCUUCGUAGCCAAGCAGAUGGUCGGCAACAAAUUGAGUGCUGUCAAAGGAGCAGUAGGCGGUGAUGGAGAUGACAGCGACGAUAAGGAGAAGGAAGAAGAAGCGGAACGUGAACGGCAAGAAGCCAUCCGCGAGGCCGAGGAGCGGCGCAAGGAGAAGCACCGCAAGAUGGAGGAGGAGCGAGAGAAGAUGCGCCAGGAGAUCCGGGAUAAGUACAAAAUCCCCAAGAAGGAGGAGGUGGUGGAACAGCAGCAAGCCGAGCCCGACAACCCGCUCAUGAGGAAGAAGAAGACUCCCGAGGAACUGGCCGCUGAGGCGGAGCUUGAAGACCAGGACGAGUUCACCAAACUGAAAAACACCAUCGAAACGCAAGUGAAUGAACUAAAGUCGCAGAUCGAGAGCAAGUGCGUGAUGCAGUGAGCGCCUCUCGACUAAUGUAAACUAUCUGAAUACAUGAUGUAGCUGAGCUAAGGUCAUUGUUACGACGAUGUUUCACCACCCCUGUAUACACCUCACCACCCCCACACGACCCCCGAAUAGCGAAUAAUAAACAACCAAAAACAAUAACAAUUUCGUUCGGACGUAUCAACCAAUCAUUCGCGCUCAACAUUUUUGUAGGAGAGAUUCGAAUUCUAAAUUUUUUCGGAACGUAGUUGGCUAGUGGCGCGUUGGUGCUUGAUAAUAAGCAAUAAUAUUUUUAUACAUUCAUAAAAAAUGUUGGAAGGCAGCCCUCGAUACAACUGUGAAGCGCGUUUCUGAACGUAUGGUCAAAAAGUCAUUAACUACCGAGCGGCACACGAAGCACUCGUGAAACAAUCCGUUUUAUAUGUUCAAGCUUGUGAUAUAUUGUUAUUUAAGUGUAAAGUUGAAAUAAUAUAAAUACAACUAGAACGAAACGGUGUAAUCUAUUUAAAAAUGGAAGAAAAUUAUUAUAAGGAAUUGUAGCACGCGUGUAGACUCGACAAUCGACAAUUCGACUAUUCAUCGCCUUCUCUUCUCUAUUUGGCACUUACAUUGAAAUAACAAUGUAUUCGGUCCUCCGAUAUUUGUUUCAUCCAAAUUCCAGGCUUGCGGCGCUCUGUCGCGUCUGCGAUCGCUUCAGCCCUUCGACUUUUGCCUCAAAAUCUUUUGCAUGCGUGCUUAUGCAGUGUUAAUCUAUGUGUCAAUGUAAUUUUGUUUAGGUGUACAUACCUGUAAUCGACCUAGCCUUAAUAUCCACAUCGAAUAUAAUAGGUAAUUGUUAUGGCGGCUCCGAGUCCCGCCGCGACCGCUGUCGUUGUCCAAUACUUUCUUGCAUGUUUAAUAUAAGAGUCAAUGUUCAUUUAGUGUUUAAUGUGUAACAUGUUGUAGAUAAACAAGUGAUUCGCGUUGUGUUACCGUUGCGCCGACGAGCGUUGUUCUAAUCUAAUGUUUUAUCGAUGUUUUACGCUUAGGUAUUAAAGUUAAAUAACACAUUGUGGUGUGAGCAAAUUAUUCGAGCGAUUACGCCAUCCUGGACUGGGAUAGGGAUGGGCAAGGUUUGUUAUCGACAGAGCGAUCUGACGAGGCAUCGAGGCAGUACAUACGCGGGACGUUGACACAUACGAGGCGAGGCAGGGAUGCGGGGAGAGCGAGCAGGCGUGUCGUGCUAAUUGUUCGAACAAUGUUGUCCACAUAGUUAUAAAGCUGCAAAUGCAAAAGAUUUGUUAUCGUCAAAAGCUGUGAUAUAUGAAUAUAAUAAACUAAAGCGCGCAAUGCGACGACCGCUCGCGCUCUUAGCUUCUUCAAUCUUUCAAUCUUCAAUGUUCGACACGAAACUAUCAUUCUACCUUCUAGUAGAUCGUACCUAUUCGGAUUACAAUCUCUUCAAUCAGCACAUCAUGUAUUUUAUAUAUUUUAGUUGUAUCUUCUUCACACGCGAUGCUUUUUGCUAUUGAUAGUCUAUUAUAGUAAGUUCUUGAAGUAGAUAUCUUAUGUAUAGAUCUCAUGUGAUAGCUGAAGUGGUACAUUAUACAUGUUUGACGUUACGUAACCGUGUCCGUUUAUGAUAAUUGUAUGACUUACACAAACAUAGGUAUCUGUAUAGGUUAAUUUAUUACUUUAAAAUUGGAUAUAUUAUACAGUUAUUUAAGUACAACAGGAAUAAGGACACUGACACCAAGCUGAAUAGUUUACAUCGAUACCGCAUCGCUAACGAGUCGAGCAGUCGGCUGUUAGUCGAUGUAUCGAGUUGAACAAAUCGCAUCGCGUGUUAACACUAAGAUUAUUUUAGAUAUUUCACUUACACAUGUAUUGUAACUGCUUGCUUACUUUACGUUAAACUGACAUCCUGUCAAUUACACCUACCUUCUCUUCACACAUAUACUAUUCAAUAUACAAACAUGUAAAUAAAAAGUAAUAAUUUCAGAUUGUUUAUUGAGAAUGCUACUAUUUUUCUGAAGUAUAAGAAUCGACUAUUUUUCGCACUGUACUGCACUCGAUAUAUUUUCAUAGCUUGUUUCAUAGUUACCUGAUUUGGAGCACGCAUUGCUGUACUGUAAGACGGGCAUUACUAUCAGGCCCCCUCCGGCCACGUCACUAAUAUAAGUCAUUAAAUAUAACUUUAAAUUUCACAAUGUAUGUGUGGUUAGUCUAGGUAUUAAUGAUAUAAACAUAGUUCUACCGUAUGUGCAUGGCAAAUCUAGCUAAAUGGUUGUAUGUAGACAUUCAAUACAAUAAUAGUUGUUAAGUCUAUUGGACCUGUCUGAUGACCAAAUUUCGAUCGAAUCUAUCUUUCCUUACAUUCCUCUUGUGUGUUAGAAUACUAAUCUAUAACCUUUGUCUAUAUCUUCAAUCUAUCGUAGUUUAGUCUGCGUUCUACGUUGUUGACUCUCAAGUAGUAAUAGUUUAGAUAAAAACGUUAUUUUGGUAUAGAACGAUCUGUAUUCGGGAGUGUGGACUUACUGUCACUAAUUUAAAAUUAACGGAACUUGCAUGCUCUGCGCUGUCAGUGAGCUGUCACCAUGACAUUUAAACGUCACUGUCAGAAGUUGUGAGUACAUGAUUGGCUGUCAGCGGGCUGUCGGCGUAGAGCGGUGCGAGUUCGAAGUUGGAAUAAGUUGUGAAGUUUGUUGCAUGGCGUGUUGGCGAGUGUGCUGAGCUCUUGGCGUGUUGGUGUCGUUCUCUCUUAAGUCUUGUUUCGAGCUGUUUGUUAACAUAAUGUUUAGACGCUUCUAUUAAUGUGUAUAUUUAAGCUUUCGAUGUUCAGUGUAUAGUUCAUAGUAUAAUGUUGCUUCACUGCGCCAUUUCUUAAGGAAUUUGGGUGAUAUCAAAUGGUUGUUGAAUUCUCUCGUAGAGCCGAACGACUCUCUAAGGACUUGUUUUAUUUUGUAAAGUAUUAAUAACAAAAUUAAUGUAACACAUCGAUCUCUUCGCCCUUCUUGUCUUUCAUAGUGUAAUUAACUGUUCACACAACAAUAUAUAUUUCUUUUUAUAAUAUUAUAGUGAAUUUAUAAAGAGGUUUAUACAAGGUAGAUGUGUAGUUUAGACAUAAAGAGGAUAAAUGUAAAAUCAAAAUUUUUGAAAAGAAUAUUAUGAUAAUUUCCGUGAAAGCCCGUAGUGUUAAUUUUAAGGAAUCCAAGAUGUCGCGACCAAUUUUUUAUAUUUUUUGCCACGAGGAAGAUAAUUGAUGAAACAGUUGGAUAUUUUCAAUCUUAUGACUCUCAUACUCAGGGUAAUAUACUAUUUAUAGUUAUUUGUUCAUAGUUUGAUUUAGAUCGUUUAGGUAUGAAACGUAUGACUUUUUGGCCUACGAAGGCUUUACUAAACCUUUCUUCUAAAGUUUUCCCUCUAUAUGUAACCCUUUGACCCAAACGGUAGAACGUCUUGAUAUUUCACUGUUGUUCUUAAAUCCUUAGAGGAGUUAUGAAAUGGUAGACUAAAUUACAUUUUACGACAUAACUUGUUAAACUUAUUAAAUAAACUAGCCUAUUGAUAGUUGCACUAGGUAUAAUGUUAGGGGCACGACAGAUGGUGCAUUUGUUCUGACACGACACGUCGAGACAAACCGAAGGAGUUUACACCUGAGAGGCGCGAGAUAAGACUAAUACAGUACAAAUGCAUCACUACAGAAAUUGCAGAGACAGGAGGAGUGUCGGAAGACUUAUCAUCUGGACUCUUACAUAUAUUAGAAUGUUGUUAUCACACUAGAGAAAGAGUUAUGAUCAAAGAAGAGAUUUGUUGUUUUGUUGAAAUAAAAAAGUUCAGAUGAUAGCCCUGCCGACACUCGAACAUUUCAAAAACUGUUCGUUACAUCCAAAGACAACAGAACGAAAUGAGGUCGGUGAUUACAAUCUAGCAUAGACAAUUAGAGACAACGACACUGUAACACACACUCAAGAGCUUUUACACUAAACGCCAGUAUUCAGUUAACGUUACUUUUGAGUCUCGGGCGGCGCAGCAGCUACAAAGAACUGAUCUAAAGUGCCACAGACAAUCAAUAUUGCGCUAACAAUUUGUUUUACUCUCUCUGCGCUGUCGGUGAAACGUUUUGAUGUGAUUCUAUAUAGUUUUAAAAACAUAUGUUAUCACGCUGGGGGCUUGUCAGCCGUUGUGAUGACGGCGCCUCCGGUCGUUUAUUGUUUGUAUAUUAUAGUUAUUGGCCAACAACACACUAGUUCGUUAGCUUUUAAUAUUAGUGACAUUAUAGUGUUAAAAUUGCAAGUUUACAGAAUGUAUAAAAUUCCAAGGAAAACCAUUAAGUACUCAUAUAUGAACGGGGUUCAUAUGUAUGUUGUCUUGUUAUAUUAAAGAAGAAAAGGUUAGUAGUUUAUCCACAAUUAAAUGUAAACUUAGGGAUUAUGGAUGAAUAACGAAAAAGGUUAUUGUUGAAAAAUGUUUUUAGGUAAUUAAAAAAACGGAUUGAGCUUCUGUAACACCUUGUUGUUAACAAUAAGUUAGGUUUAUUUGCAAUAAGGCAGCGGUACACGGCCCAUUCAAAUAUCCUGCAUGGAUACCUACAAACUAGUAUUGAAGAAGCUACUUUGGACAAUGUUAAUAUCAGCCGUUUACAUUCAUAAGAUCAGUAAACAUACAAAUAACCUUGCUUUAAUCGAGGCGAUCCAUUCAUAACAUCGCCCAAGUCGAAUAGGCCGUGUAAGCUGCAGCUAUCUUCUGGCUGUAUACAAACUGCCGUAAUAAACUCUAUUCUUAUAUGAAUAAGGUUAGUUUUCCUUUCACGACUGUAUCACUGUAGGACAUAGAACGCUUUUUCGCUACCACUUCGUUCGCCAUUACUGUUGCGGAGCAUUGUUACAUUUAUUUACAAGGACCCGAUUAGUUAUUGUAUAAAAGUUUAGAGGUAGCCAUUUUCAUAUGUACGUUGAGUUAAAUGUGAAAAUGGUUUAUCUAACAUGUUGUUAAAUAAUAAAUAAACUACAUUGUACCACUA